CUGCGGUUGAUGUAUGACUUGACCAAAACAACUCCUCGUGCUGUUAUUGAGAGUGAAAGCAGCCAAUCACCAAACGUCUUGCAAAAACACGCCCAUUCACCGUCCUAGGUACACGUGUGUGAGCCAAUCAGACAAAGCUUCCAACGCGAGAUAGACGUUACCUUCAACCAAUAAGGCUUUUAGUAGCUCCGUGACGGGACCCGAUAACGUCACUUGGUUUUUGUUUUUCCCAGUGUAACGUUAACUGAUUACUGUGCGUGCCGUUAAUCAACUAUGUAAUAUUAAUAUAACACAUUUACGUGUUGCCAAGUAAAAAAAUCUUUCUUUUUUUAACGGACGAUAUUUAUAGGCACACAUUAGCCAAACUAGUUGAGUUGCCCUUGUAAUCUUUGCGGUGCGGGACAGAUUGACAUGAUCCAAACAAUCCCAGACGUCCGAACUGGAGAGGAGGUACAAAAGUCUGGUUCUUCCUUCCACAGGGAGAGAUUGGAUGGAUCUCCGAAAUUUCAAAGACUCCUCUGUGCUUCCUUCAACCAGGACAUAACGUCUUUGGUUGUUGGUUGUAAGGAUGGCUACAGACUUUUUUCUCUGUCCUCUGUUGAAAGAAUGAAUUGUAUUCAUCAGAGUGUCGAAAGCCCUGAUGUGUACAUUGCAGAACGGCUCUUCUCCAGUAGUCUAAUGGUAGUUGUGAGCAAAUCUACACCAUUCAGAAUGAACAUCUACCAUUUCAAGAAAGGCACAGAGAUCUGUAACUACAGCUACUCCAGCAACAUCCUCGCUGUCAAACUUAACCGACAGAGACUUAUCGUUUGUUUGGAGGAGGCCCUGUACAUCCAUAAUAUCAAGGAUAUGAAACUUCUGAAGUCUCUUCUCAACACGCCACCAAACCCCCGAGGUCUGUGCGCACUUUCUGUAAAUUAUUCCAACUCAUACCUGGCAUACCCUUACAGUUUCACUGCCGGAGAAAUUGCCCUUUAUGAUGCUUUGAAUCAGAUUAUGGUGACCACGAUCUCUGCUCAUGCCAGCCCUGUGGCAGCCAUCUCAUUCAAUGCCUCAGGAACCAAUCUUGCCAGUGCUUCAGAAAGAGGCACUGUUAUAAGAGUUUUCAGCAUACCCGAUGGAGUCAAACUGUUCGAGUUCCGCAGAGGAAUGAAGAGGUACGUUAGCAUCAGUUCUUUGUCGUUCAGUGCCAAUGGAGAGUUUCUGUGUGCCUCUAGUAACACAGAGACUGUUCAUAUCUUCAAACUGGAGCCCCACAGUCCCAGUAAGGUUAGUCCAACAUGGUCAGCAUAUAUGGGAAAGAUGUUUUCUGCUGCCAGCACGUACCUGCCCUCUCAAGUGUCAGACAUGAUGCAUCAGGACAGAGCGUUUGCUACCGUCCGUCUCAGUGUGUCCGGCAUGAAGAACGUAUCGGCUCUUGCCAUUAUCCAGAAGGUCCCACAUCUUUUGUUGGCUUCUUUAGAUGGUCAUCUCUACAUUUACACUUUAGAUCUCCAGGAAGGUGGAGAGUGUCAUUUAGUCAAGAAACACAGAUUGUUUGACAGUGGUGAUGAAAAUCCAGUGGUGUCAGACAUAGAUGUUGGUAGCCCAUCAUAUGCCGCAACUGUUGCCACAACCGCACACCAAGACUCUCCAUCCUCCAGUUCACUCACGGGUUAUUCUGAGGAUGGAGGUGCAAAGAAAGGAGAGCUGAUCCCAGAACAUGAGUUUGCAGAUGGACCGGUCUGUCUCGAUGAUGAACAGGAGUUUCCUCCAGUUAACUUUCAGAAUACCUGAAGAGUAAACUCCAUGUGUCUUUUUAUACCUUCAGGACUUUGGGUUUCAUUUUGGCAGGUCUUUCUGUUUUUAAACUACAUCUUUAAAGGAUAUGGCAAACAAAGUGUUGUAUGCAGUGCUGGAUUUGGAUGUUUAGAUCUUAAUAUCAUUAAGUAAUUUUUAUUUUAUAGCAAGCACAAAACAUCUGACUCCAAAAGCUUAGGCAGCUGACUUGUUGUCUUGCUGCCUCAUGAGGCAAUGACUUUGGUGGCAUGAAGGCAGCUCUGGGAAAGGCAUUCGGACAGACUUCAUAGGCAGCGUAAUCGAAUUCUGUUUGAAAUAUAAACAGAGAGCGCCUUUGCUAUAACCAAUCCAAUAUUUGAAAAGUACAAUACUAAUUUCUCGCUAGAAAUGCAAUCAAUAGGUGUGAAAACAAAAAUGAAAACUUUAUUUUCACUAAAUUUGUGCUUCAGCCGCUUUCUUGGUCGCCAUUUUAUUUUUUUCAAACUCGACCAGGCUUGACCAAUCACAUUACUCGUGCACACACACGCAUAGAAUUGUGGGACAGGACAAUGAAGGCAUCUCAGGAGACAGGAAGUAAACCUAACAUUGGAUAUAGAUGUGCCUUGAUGCCUUCAUGCCUUGGAAUGCUGUCUCUGAAGGCACAAUUUUAGAGCUUUCAGACACACACAAAAUUUGAGGUAAGAAAGAGCAUUCUGGGAGCUAAAUAAUAAUCACAAAUGCAAGUAUAAAUGAGAUAAGUAUAAAUAAAAUAAAUACAUUUUUAUAGGUGAACUUUUUUAUCAUUGAAUAACAAAUUUGAAUUACAAUUCAGCAUUCUGUUUGCUACCUCAAUUUAAAAUAAGGAAAUUAUUUUAAAUUAAAAGGCACCCAUUUUAACAUAAUGGGUCAGUGACAAAACAUCUUUUAAAAAUGGAUGUAUAGCAUAUUUUUCAUGAACAAUGUGUUUAAAAAGUUGUUGUUUAUUGAACAACAUUUCAGUAUAUUUGAAUGUUUUUCACAAUAUUUGAUAUCCCCAUAAAAAUAUCUCCACAGCAAACAGUGCUAUUUUUCGUAUGUGCGUGAGUGUUUAUAAAAUCCAUUAGCCAGGCCUAAGUGUAAAAUAUUUCUCCAUACAUUUCCAUAUGUUUUAAAAUGCAAAUGUAUAUAUUAUAAGAGAAUAUUUUAAUUGUCUGUGUGUAAAUACACAAAUGCAAGCUAAAAUACUGAAUAUGAAGUGAAACUGACUUUGGAUAGCGGGUAGAAAAAUACAUUUUAAUGCUUUAUUUCUAAGAAGGUUGGAUCUUGACACUAGAUAUUUAUUACAUAUACAAAUUUUAGUAUGUAAAGUCAAUAAUGCAUUGAUUAUUUUUUAAAUGGGACCCUUACCAAAUAAAAUUAUGUUUGCAAAAUAUAGCUUUUGCCUAUUUCAUUGGUCUUUGGUACGGAGUGCUGUUUAAGUGUUUGUUUUUUUCACCAAAAGCUGUAGUAUUUUUGAUUAUUUUCUAUAAAGCCCAUUCAUAUUUAAAAAAAGUUCUUAAAUAGUAAUCAUAAAUGCAUGUGUGUAUCUUUAAUUGUUAUGAUUAAAUUGAAAAUGUUUGCAAAGAGCUAUGUUUUUACGUAUAUGAUAUUCAUAAUAAAAUAAGUAACUAUAAAAAUGUUAAAUUAUGAAAAAUAAAA